AUGCCCGGCUUCCACGUCUACCCGCAGGCCUCCCACCUCUUUGGGGAGUGCUCGCCCGAGGUGAGCGUGGUGGUGCCUUCCACGCCCGUGCCCGCGCACAUCGACCUCAACGCCAUACCGGUGGCCGGUGGCUCGUCAUCCGAAGGCGCAAGGAAACAUGCGCGGCAGAUGCCAGCCGACGUGCUGUCGGGCGCACGCAACGUGUUCGAUGGAAUGCCGGCCGCCAGCGACAAGGACUACAUGCAUAACUUGAUCUUCGAGGGUGGUGCACCGGCCGCUGGCUAUGAUCCCGACGGGACACAAAGCCAGGACAGCCGAGGGGCGUUCACGUCGUCCACCUUUGAUCAAGAUCAGGCGGCCUUCAUGUGUGAUCAGGUUGGCAUGGACCUGGACGACUUCCCACUCGACUACGAGUUUCCGAAGGACUACGGGCAAGAGGAAGAGGACGAGUGCGACAUCGAAGGGGAGCCUUUGUUCGAGGACGAGCUCGCCAACCAAGCCACCUAG